UCCGCCCCCCACCCACGUGGUCGGCCUCGGGUGCGUCCGCGUUGUCGUGAGUGGGGCGGGCGGGCGCGACACUCAGGCCCCUGCGCGGGGGCCGGACCCCGACUCCAGAGCACAGCCUCCUGGGAGGGGCAGGGGAAGGCCCCAGAUCGGGGAGUCCAGGAAGUCGUCGUGGGCCCUUGGGUGGGGUAGCGGCGCCAGGGGUCCCGAGGAGGUCUGAGGUCAGAGUUCGCCAGGGGUCCGGGAGGUCAGGGGCUGGCGCCCGCACCCCGCCGCACAUGGGCGUCCCCGGCCUGCAGGCUGCGCUGCUGAGAGCCUGGGGACGGUGGACGGCGCGCCCUGGCCCGCGCGCCCUCUGCCAGUCCCUGAUGGCCGGGAAGGACGCGCCGGCCGCGCACCCGCCCGACCGGAAGGCUCGCGGGGGCUGGGUCUGGGAGGAGGCGCAGAAUCCCCCCAAGAGGCUCCGGGGCGGCGAGGUGGAGGAGCAGCCGCGAAAGCUGCCCAAGCGCAAGAUCGUGCUGCUCAUGGCCUACUCGGGGAAGGGCUACCACGGCAUGCAGAGGAACCUAGGGUCCUCGCAGUUCAAGACAAUUGAAGACGACCUGGUGUCUGCCCUGGUCCGGGCAGGCUGCAUCCCUGAGAGUCACGGUGAGGACAUGAGGAAGAUGUCCUUCCAGCGCUGCGCCCGCACAGACAAGGGUGUGUCUGCAGCCGGCCAGGUCGUGUCACUGAAGGUGUGGCUGAUUGAUGACCUCCUGGACAAGAUCAACAGCCACCUUCCAUCCCACAUCCGGAUCCUGGGGCUGAAGAGGGUCACAGGCGGCUUCAAUUCGAAGAACAGGUGUGACGCCAGGACCUACUUCUACAUGCUGCCCACCUUUGCCUUCGCCCACAAGGACAGGGACGUGCAGGACGAGACGUACCGCCUGAGUGCCGAGACACUGCAGCAGGUGAAUAGGCUGCUGGCCUGCUACCAGGGCACCCACAACUUCCACAACUUCACCUCGCAGAAGGGGCCGCGGGAGCCCAGCGCGCGCCGCUACGUGCUGGAGAUGUUCUGCGAGCCGCCCUUCGAGCGCGAGGGCCUGGAGUUCGCCGUGAUCAAGGUGAAGGGCCAGAGCUUCAUGAUGCACCAGAUCCGUAAGAUGGUGGGGCUGGCAGUGGCCAUCGUGAAGGGCUACGCCCCCGAGAGCGUGCUAGAGCGCAGCUGGGGUGAGGAGAAGGUGGACGUGCCCAAGGCGCCGGGGCUCGGCCUUGUGCUGGAGCGGGUGCACUUCGAGACCUACAACCAGCGCUUCGGUGGGGACGGGCUGCAUGAGCCGCUGGACUGGGCCCAGGAGGAAGCCAAGGUGGCAGCCUUCAAGGAGCAGCACAUCUACCCCACCAUCGUCAGCACCGAGCGGCACGAGCGCUCCAUGGCCCAGUGGCUCAGCACCCUGCCCGUCCACGACUUCGGUGCCACUGCACUCGCUGCCAGUGCUGCGGCCGCCGGCUCAGGUGCCCAGGACCCCAGCCCCGAGGAUGGCAGUGACCAGGACACAGACUGAGCCCCUGGAGCUGGAAGCACCUCUUGACCGCAGAGGCAACGAUUCUGGGCCUGCCUGUCAGGCCAGCUGCACAAACUCAGGACUGCUGUCACAGAACACCCUGCCUUACCUGUCAGUGCAUCUGUGCAUGGCCUUGGUAGCCCAGGUUGGCCUAACUGGGCAAUCCUCCUGCCUCAGCCUCCCAGUGCUGAGAUUUUCUUAUUAAAUAAAUGUUUGUUUAGCAAUUCCUUU